CACAUACAGGCCCACAGACCACACCGAGUCAGCCGGGGCUGUGGGGAGAGCAAAGGCGGCCAUAAAAGGGGGAGGCAGACGCAGCAAUAACAAGAACACGAAAACAAACACAAAUUGCCGUUUCAAUUGCGCUUGGCGGAGCCACCAGGAAAACGCAAACAAUGCGGAUACGCGAAAAACGAAAACUGCAACGGGAGCAGAGGGACCACAAGGAGCACAAGGACUCUGCCAAAGUAGAUGAUAAGAAGGGCAAGCGGACCGAGGCGGAGGCCCUCACACCAGCUCCUGCGCCUGCGUCAGCUCCACAACAAAACUCAACCCCACCCCCUAGCACAGUGGCAACCACAUCCAGCCUGCCGGCUGCCGAAAAGGUGGCCUUUGAUAACCGCAUCAAGCGCAAGAAUGUGCUGGCCCUGAACGAGAAGGUGGCGGCGUUGCGGGAGUACGACCGGGUGCCGGUGUACAAGCACGUCGGCCGCAUAUUCAACUGCAGUCCGGAUCAGAUCAAGAGGAUCGUGCAGCAACGCCAGGAGAUUUUGAAUGCCUGGGAGCAGCGAACUCGCCGCAGUCAGGAUGCCAGGACCAUGGAAACCAAGACGGUGCGGGUCUCUAUGCUGGGGAAAGCCGUCUACGAUUGGAUCCGCCGCAUGAUGUACUACAAGGACUUUAGCAUUUCCGAUGGACUCAUCCAGAAGAUGGCCCUGCAGUUCAAAAGCUCAAUGGGCCUGGCCCACUUCUUCCCCCAUCAGGAGUGGUGUGACAAGUUCCGGCGCACCUACAGGCUUAAUCAUAGCGAAACGAAGAUGUUGAAAAUAGGUUACACCCAAGGAUAUUCAGUACAGAUUAAGGAUAUCGUCAAAGAUAUUAUUUCGGAGUGUAUGCCCGAAAGUGGUCCAGGAAACGAUGAGGAUGGAGAGGCCAGCUUGGGCAGCCCACUCAGUAGUAUUCACCGGAGCUGCGUUGAUGCUGAGGACGAUGGCGAGGACGGCGAGGUGGAUGUCGAUGGUGGUGAUGUCAGCGACAGGGUGGAGGACCUGGAGGAGGAGCAGGACGUUAAGCCUUCCCUAAGUGAAUUGAAUUUCGCGAGAGCUCUUCAACCGUUGCCCCAGCUAGUUCGAUUGCCUCUGCAAACCAAUGCGCCGCCUGGAACCUCCCAAAAAGUUCUCCUGGCAACGCCCAUUGUGCCUCCACAGACUGGAGGAAGCGCUGCCCAACCGAUGACGAUGACGAUCAUACCUCUGGCGACUCUGGCUCAGAGUAUCACCCAGAUUCCGUCUCCUCAGCAGCUGGAAAAGGGUCCUGCGGUGCCUCCGCCCAAGGUGGAAAUCAAGCUAGAAAAGGACAUAAAAACUGAACCCCAGGACUCCACGGAGGAAAUGCAGGAGCAGCCGGAGACAGACAAUUCGGAAAAGGCCAGGCCUGAAUCUCAAAACGAAAAUCCUGAGGACCAGUUUUUGGAUGCACUCCCGGUAGUGAAAAUAAAAGAAGAGCCCAAGUUUGGAGACGAGGCAGAAAUGGAGCAGGAUCCCGACGACACCGAUGAGGAUGCAAACAACGGUCGCUCCAGUGUCACCUCGCUGGCCGAGGUGCUAGCCGCAAAUGUCGAGGACGAAAUGGAGUACAUAGAGCAGAUGCGGCAACGCAGGAGGAACUCCCCACCAUCCAUAUGUGACAAACCGGUCAAUCUUCGACAGGGUACCAAACGCCGCCACGAAUCCGCCCACGAUGACAACAACAAUGGAGAGCCUGGAGAAGGAACCACAGCCGGGUCCAGUGUCAUCAGCUGUGCGGACGCUCGAAAGUACCUAAAGCUGCUGGAGGAGUUUGCCCUGCACAAGGAGAACUAUAGGCUGAUUGGCCUCAUUACAAGGGCCGAUGAGGUUAUGCGGGAGAUAGACGACAAGACGGAGUAGGUCGCUAGGAAGCUGCAGCCAAAGAAGUUAAGAUUAAGGAACUGUAACAUCUAGAAGAUGCAAUUCGGUCGGAUGAAAUCAAUCACUAGGACUAUGGCAAUUUUAUUUUUAAUUUUUACCCAAACCAAAUAAACUAGAUUAAAAUA